AUGGGGCGGCGGUACUCAGCGAAGGGAAAGAAGAAGAGGAAGCUCGAAGACGGCGCGACGUCCCGUGACGACGACGCAGCGGAGUUACCACCACCGGAGGACGACGAAGGGAAGGUAGAGGAGGAUGUGACGGAGGAGGACGAGACCGUGGAGGUCGUAGCGGAGGGGAUUCCCGUCCUGCCCCGGCCGGUAGAUGGGAGGAAGCGGCCCAGGGCGAUCUUCGUGCUCGAGAGGGCCUGUCUGGAGGUCGGCAAAGUCGGCAAGACUAUGCAAAUCUUGAACUCGGACGAUCAUGCGAAUUAUUUGAGGAAGCACAAUCGGAAUCCUGCUGAUUAUAGGCCUGAUAUCAUUUACCAGGCUCUAUUGGCAAUAUUUGAUAGCCCUCUAACUAAGGCUGGGAGGUUACAAGCUGUUUAUGUAAGGACUGAAAAGGGGGUGUUAUUUGAGGUCAAGCCGAAUGUUCGCUUGCCACGCACGCCCAAAGGUUUUUGUGGGUUGAUGUCACAGUUAUUGCAAAAGUUGAGCAUUACUGCUGUUGGGAGGCGUGAGAAGCUGCUUAAUCUUAUUAAAAAUCCUGUUACCCAGUAUCUACCUGUUGGCUCACGGAAGAUAGGCCUUUCAUAUAGCGCCGAUAAGUCAGUUGAACUGAAUGACUAUGUUGCUGAAUGCAGUGAUGAUGAAGCCCUUGUGUUUGUGGUUGGUGCCAUGGCUCAUGGAAAGAUUGACAAUGAAUACACAGAUGAGUACAUACGGAUUUCCAGCCACCCACUCAGUGCUGCCAGCUGUUUAGCUAGAAUAUGCACCGCUCUGGAGCAGAAGUGGAACAUCCAGUGA